GAAUAGUCAGGUUGUAUCACGACGGCGUUCCUCUCCAUUGAUCCUCUCCAAUUAGUCUGCGAACCUCUCAAUCCAGACACGAUGUCGACGCCGCGCUUCUUUUCGCAGCCCCUCAAGUACCUGCACUGGGCUGCCAUUCAGAAACCCGCCAUCUUCUACUCCAUCAUCGUUGGCGGCAUAGGUCCCGUUCUUGUGCUCACGGUGCCGAAGAUCAGACAUCGCUUGGGCGAUGGGCCGAGACCCCCGAUUCCCUCUACAUAUCCUAUUCCCGCGGGUCCAAGGAAACAACUGAGCGGCUACGAUGAUUAGAGGCUUGGGGUUGUAGAUAUGGUGUUGGGGAAUCCAAAGAAUGGUUGACACGGGAGCUGUUGUUUUGUACAUAAGGUUGGGAAAGCAUACUUGGUGUGGAAUUGAACUAUUUCAUGACAGGGCGCUCCACGGAACAGUCCACUCGUGGCUAUUUCAACAAUCACAAUGGCUACAAAUCAGCUAUGGCCACUCCCCCUGUAACUCAAUAUGAAGUCACGGAGCUAUUUGUUCGAUUGUUCAUAUCGACCUUAGUAUUUCUAUCCACUCUUAAAAUGUCAAGUAUAUGACUAAACAGGCACGUAUCUCUUAACUCUUCUCUCAAUAUUUCAGGGUAUCAUUGGUAUGGUGUGUGUGCUAGUAGCUAUAUGGCCCCUAUCUAUAUAACUUCCACUCGCCCCGCUAUCUGGCCGCCUCAAUUGCGCACACUCGCUCGGGUAGGAUAUAUGGAGCCUGAGCUAUCAAUGUGUGUCAAAGGCUCUGUAUGUGGAUUGUCGAAACCAAUGACCCAUCAGUUGAAGCCAUUGGCGGCACCCCAAGCUCGCGUUUCUCGCUCGAGGUAGCCAUAUACCUCAAGGCGCCACAUCCGGGGCCAUCAUGAACCCAUUCUUCACCACAAGCGCGUAUUUGCCAGAAAAUCCUCACUGCUGACGAUUUUUGACGGUGAGAAGCUUAUUUCUAGGCGGUUCCAUGCCUCUGUGGCCAAUUCACAGGCCCAAUAAUUUAGAUCUUAUGCAGUCUCAGGGCCAUUCAAUCCAACGCUAAGUUUUUGCUACAGUACCAGAUGGUAUCCGAGAAAUCGUCUUUGGACUGGGGCAAAGGAAAGAGGCUCUUAAGGCUUUCAUAACAAGUCAGAAUAUCCGGAAAUCCCUCCCUGAAAUCGCUAUUCAGUGUGUUAGUGGCGGCAGAUACGAAUGUUUUCUCGGGAACUUACAUCGGUCCAUCAGUUAGGCGU